AGAACGUGGUCGGUCCAAGUAAAUAUUAUAAAAGCCACUAUUAUUAAUUAAAUCAUUUAGCAUAUAUAAUAUAUCAUUUAAUUCUCUACUCAAGCUAUCCGCUUCCCCUAUAAAUACACACUUAACACUCUUUACUUUUCUAUACCACAACUCUCUACGUACUUCUCAACUUCAAAUAGUUUCUUUAGGGCUUUGUUUGUGUUUCCUUCAAGAACCAAUGGCUCUUAAAAACUCUCUUGCGCUCUUCCUUCUCUUCAACUUCCUUUUCUUCACUCUAACUAAUGCAACUCGCAGUACCAAUUGUCCUCCUCCACCGGGCAAACACAACAAACAUAAACCUAGCCCAACACCCACUAGCGGGACUUGCCCUAAAGAUGCCUUAAAGCUCGGUGUUUGUGUUAACGCCCUUAACUUGUUGAACGACGUGACCCUCGGAACUCCUCCUGUGACUCCAUGUUGCAGCCUUAUCAAGGGUUUGGUCGAUCUUGAAGCUGCGGUUUGUCUUUGCACUGCCCUCAAGGCUAGUGUUCUUGGCAUUAACCUUAACCUUCCCAUUGACCUUAGCUUGCUUCUCAAUGUUUGCAGCAGAAAGGCACCACAUGGCUUCCAAUGCCCUUAAAAUCAAAACGUCGAUAUAUAAGUUACGAACCAUGAAAAAUCUUGAAUCUUUUAUCGUUUUGCUUUCUUUUGUGAUUUUUAUCUGUUUAUUUGAAUUGUUGAAGUUCAUGAGCAACAACAAUGGGUUUGUGUUGUUUACUUUUGGUUGUAUCGCGAGUAAUUUACUCAUUUGUCCUAUUGAAUAAAUUGUGCUAUUGAAUAAAAUAUAGAUGAUUUGUUUCUUUCUCUCAA